CGGCUGGAAGUUGACAAUCCGCGCGUUGGCGCUGAGCUUCUGGCUCCAUUCAUUUCUAUCAGGGAAUCAGUUUCACUUCGAACGAGUUGGCAGGUUGGGGCUUGCGAGGUUCGUGUGUGUCGCGAGCAUCUUUUCCGUUGAUUUGUUCCGCGCCCAGCGUACGUGCGUGUCGUUCCCGCAAUCGUUGAACUUCGAAAUUGCGCAUCCGCGGUCGACCGACCGCGAAAUUGCCACCUGUUGCCCGCUGAGUCGGAAGUGAGUUUGCAGUGCAUCCCGACGAGCGUGUGAAAGUGCCGCUUCGCCUGCAACGGAAGGAAACGGUGCCAGUGCAGUGUUUUGUUUUGAUCGUGGUUUGCGCGGGAAGUGUCCUGAGAGUCGCGACAAGGACUGUGCCGGGGACUUGGAUUGUGGCAGUUCCCUUGAAUUGAUUUUGGAUUUCUCCCUUCGUUGCUUACGCUUUCUUUCAAGGAGUCCUCGUUUAACCCAACGAAGGCAUAGGCAGUGAACGAUGGCAUCGGAUUGCGGCGUUUGGAUAGCAAAAUAUCUCUUGUGUCUGUUUAAUUUCAUAUUCUUUUUGCUGGGCACAGUUGUACUAGGAGCUGGAAUAUGGCUUGCCGUGGACAAAUCAUCUCUUAUCGCUUUGCUCAAGAUGGUAGAAAGUGAACAUUUAGAGAACUUUACACAGCCGAGAAUAAUUGAAGAUUUGGCAUAUGUGCUGAUUGCGUGUGGAGCUGUAAUGUUUCUGCUCAGUUUCUUGGGAUAUUGUGGAGCACUCCAAGAAAGCACAUGCUUGCUGACAACGUAUGGAAUUUUAAUGAUUUUGAUUCUUUUGGCGGAGUUAACCGUCGGUGGUCUUGCUAUCGGAUACAAAACUCGAACCAAGGACGAAACCAUGAAGUUCCUCCAAUCAACUAUCACCCGAUACUACUCGUAUUCUACUAGCAAUCAAACCGAUGUCGUAACAGCAGCAUGGAACGAAAUAAUGAUUGAUUUAAAUUGUUGCGGCGUACAGAACUACAAAGAUUUUGAGUCCUCCCCAGCGUGGAAUGCCAACAAGGGAAAUAGAACAGUGCCAGAAACCUGCUGUAUUUUAGAAAAUGGCAUGCUAAAGGAUCCGAACUGCCCGAAUACACCAACAGAUGCUAACAGCUACAUGAACAAGGGUUGCUUCGAAGCAAUGGUCGAAUGGCUAAUCAAUCACCAGAACAUAAUCAUCAUCGUUGGAGUCGGAAUUGCACUUGUGGAACUAAUAAUAAUCUUCUUGGCAUUUUGUUUAUGUAAAGCAAUAGAUAAAUACCGCGGAAUGCGGCUGUAAAUGUGGAAUUAACGAAUGUGCCUUUUAUUUAGCAAACGUUGACAUUAACUAUUGCUAAGAUUCAUCGAAGGGUCCAAAAUAUUGAUAGAUUAAUAUUUAAAGUCGAUGUAAUUUAGUGCACGUUAAUUUUAAUUUAAUAAUUUUCUGAAAUAUUUUAGAACUAAAUCUGAAAACAAAAGUACCUGUAGACUCUUUUUUAUUGGGGAAGUGUCAUACAGGAUAUAAAAGUUACACUUAUGUAUGUUUAUAAGGCUAGAACUUCUGUCGAGUCAAAAAGAGUUUGUAGAUUAUUGAAACCGAACAGCUCAAAAGUUUCUUUUUGUAAAAAUGAAGUUUUUAUACCUUUGUAUGUAGGUUUUAAGUGUUAUGUAUUUAAAAACCCAUAAUGUAAGUACAUGUGUUUUUUUUAAAUAAAUAAACCUUUCCGUCUCAACAUA